AUGGAAGUUGAAUUACAUUAAUAAAUCCCUCCAUAACUCAAUGUUUAGGUUGCAAUUAGAGUUCGUCCUUUCAAUGAAAAGGAAUUGAAGUAAAAAGAGGGUGUGUGUUUGGAGACAUCUGAAAAAUAAGUAACACUUUUGCAAAGUGCUCGUUUGUUCACAUUUGAUUAUGUUUUCGACUAAAAUGCUUCUCAAGAUCAAGUCUACAAAAAGUAAAUUUCUUUAUUAAUAUCAUAACAGGUGUGUGAGCAAUUUGGUUUAGAGGUGCUUUGAAGGUUAUAAUAGUACAAUUCUUGCAUAUGGCUAAACAGGAUCAGGGAAAACUCAUACAAUGGGUACCACAGGGGUAGAUUAGUUAGCAAGUAUUGCAAAUCAUCUAUGAAGAUAAAAAUAACAUGGGGAUGAUUCCAAGAGUAAUUACACAAAUUUUUGAAGAAAUUGAAAAAAUAGACUAAGAAAUCCUUAUUUCUUGUUCCUAUUUAGAAUUAUACAACGAAUAAAUCAUAGAUCUCUUGUAGGAGACUUCGAUAUCAAGCCAACCCACUAUAAGGGAAGAGAAAGAUCGCACAAUAACGAUAUUAAAUUUAACUACAAUAUUAGUAAAUAAUCCAAAUGAAAUGCUUUAAGUAUUAAAUAGAGGAGCUGCCCACAGAACAACAGCAGCUACAUAAAUGAACAUGACAAGUUCUAGAUCACAUGCGAUUUUUACAAUCUACUUUAAAAUAAAUCCCAAGGAUGAUUCUGAAGAUGGCACUUUGAAUGCCAAAUUUCACUUUGUCGAUCUCGCAGGAAGUGAAAGAUUAAAGAAGACUUUGGCCCAAGGGAAAACGAUGGAGGAAGGAAUCAACAUCAAUCAAAGCCUUUUGGUUUUGGGCAAUGUGAUAAAGACUUUGAGUGAUUAAAAAAAGAAAAGUCAAACUCAUAUUCCCUAUAGAGAGAGUAAAUUAACUAGGUAUUGAAUAUUUAAUAACAACAGAAUAUUGUAAGAUUCCUUGGGGGGUAAUUCCAAUACUUGUAUGAUAGCUUGUGUGUCUCCUGCUGAAAGCAAUUAUGAGGAGACUCUAAACACAUUGAAAUAUGCAUCAAGGGCCAGAGAAAUUUAAAACAAGCCAACAUAGAAUAGAGUAUAUAAGUAAUUAAUAUAUCAGGACCCUCAUGCCAUAUAAAUAUUGGGUUUGAGAUAAGAGAUUGCAGCACUAGUUGAGUAGAAUAAGUAGUUUUAAGAAUUGCUUUAAGUGAAUGGAGUUAAGUUUGAUUCAAUAAAAAAGGUUUCGGUAUCUCAAUAUUCUUCAAAUAUCCCCCAUACAUGUGAAGAGCAUUUAGAAAUGAUUCAGAAAUAGAAAUAAGCCUUACUUGUAUGGGAACGUCUUGGAUCUCAGCAUAAAUUGGAGGUGCAAAAAUUAUAAUCUUAAAUAAAUGAUUAAGAAAUAGAAUUACACAAUUUAAAAAAGAAAAAGGAUAUUAUCUUUAAGCAAUUCUAAGAGGCAAAGAAGUAAAAUAUUAAUAUAAGAUAGAAUAUUGCAAAAGUUUAAUAUACCAUAUACUAACUAUGAUGAGGAUGAUGAAAUUGAGGAUUUGUAUGAUGAAGUUGAUAAGUUAAAAUAGGAAUCAAAGGAAAAAGAGUAUAAAAUUCUAACUAUGCAGAAAGAAAUAGAUGAGCUGCUACAGGUAGUUUAUAUUGUUUAAAUACUAGGAUAGGAUGCACACAGAGAUCAAUAUAUCUUGUGUAAAAAAUAGAAGGAGCUGAUGAUUCUUUAGAGGAAACUUGAGAAAUUGGAACCUAAAGAUAAUUUUGAAUCACCAGCCCAGGAUUCAGAAUGCGACGAAGAAGUUGUUUGCAAUGAUUCCAUGAUUAAGGAGACAAAUUUAUAAAUUGAAGAAUUUGAAAGCAAUUUAUAAGUUAUGACAAUUAAAAAUUUCGAACUCAAACGUUAAUUGGCUGAAGAUAUGAAAAAGGAAUUUCAAUAAUAGAUUUCUAUUCUAGAAGCACAAAAGUCCUCACUUAUGAAACAAGUAAAUUAGAAAUAGGAUGCUACUUAAAUGAAUGCUUUGAAAGUUAAAUUGUAAGAAUAUGAAUCUAAGAUCAAUGAAAUGAGGCUCAAAGAAUAAAAUAUGAGGUAAAUGUAGAAGAAGUUGGAGGAAUAGGAAAAUUAGGUUAAGGAUUUAAAGAUAAAUAUAGAAAAAAUGAAAAAAUAGAAAGUAGAAUUGAUUAAGAAAAUGAAGCAAGAUAAUGAAAAGUAUAUCAAGGAUAAGGAGGAGAAAUAAAAAGAAUUGAUUUUAAUUAAAAAACUUAAAAUUUAAUAAGAUGCUGCUUUGAGUAAAUUGAAAAAUGAAAAUUGUAAGAAGGAAGUACUUCUAAGAAGAAAGGAGGAUGAAAUAUUAAAAUAAAGAAAUGAGAAGGUUAUUGACAAAGGAUCAAGUCUUUCAUUUAAGAAAUCCUAAAAAGCUUAAACUUAUGAUUCAAUGGAGAAACAAAUAGAGUCAUUGUUCUCGUAAUUGAUAUCUGGAGGAUAGGCAGAAAACUAAAUCAAAAGAGAAAUAACAAAAUUAGAACAAUUGUAGGAGGAAGUGAAUUAAAUAGAACAGAAAAUUUGUUAGUUAUAAAUAAAAAGAGAAUAAACAUCAUUUGAUUAAAAUAACAAGAAUAGCUUAAACUAGAUUGAAUUAGAAUUGAGCGAUAUCAUAAUCAUAAGAGAGAAUAUAAAUGAGACAAUCGAUUAUUAGUUGCAUAAGAUAGAACAAUUAAGAAAGAGUUGCAAUAAUUGCACAGAAGUGUAUACAAAUUUUUUAACGAAUUCUGAAUUGAGAGAUCUUCCAAAUUGGUGUAUUAAAAUAUUUAAAUAUGUGAUUGAUAAUUGGAUUAAAGAUCAUUUAUAAAUGUAGAACUUUAGUCAAUAGAAUGACGAAUUUUAAUAAAUAAUUUAAGAAUUACAACAAUAGUUAUAAAAACCACUUUAAGAGAUUAAUUGUAAUUCUCCAACCUUUAAAAAGAAGAUAAUCAAAUCAUAGGUUUCAUCUUAACCAAGUGAUGCAUUGGAACUCAGAAAGUAGCUUAAUGAUCAAAAAAGAAAGUAUUAGUUCUUAUAGAAUGAAAAUAAAAAUAUGAUAUCAGAUUUAGAUUAUUAUAAGAAGUUCUAUACAGAGCAUAUCAAUAAAGUAUAGAAAGAUAAAUGCAUUGGGUUAAGUGAUUCAUUUUAACUUCCAUAAAGUUAGAGUUAUCAACAGAUAAGAGAUGCGUAUAAAUUGGAAAGAACAAAACAGAAGGAAUUGUCAUUAAAUUUAAGUUUUUAAAAGCCUUACAUCUAAAAUUCAGCUCUGAAGAUGGCUAAAGUAUGUAAAUCAGAAAGAGAGGGAUAUACUGAUCAAUUCAGUCAGGCAUAAGAUGAGCAGGAAUUAAGAUAUGAGUAUUAAUUGAUUAUUAAUUUUUAAUAGCUUAAUUAAAUCAAUACCUGGUCACGAGAAUCCAAUAUUAUGUGUGUAUACAAUGUAGAAUUUAUUGUGUUCAAGUGCAUUUAGAUCUGUCAAGAUAUGGGAUAUGGAUGCGUAAUCUCAUCUUAUAUCUUUGGAUGCAAAUACUCAUGUUAAAUCAAUUUGUCAUUGGCCUGAGAGGAAUGCUAUUGCAGUAUCUCAUGGAUCCCAAAUUUCAUUGUAUGACAUGACAUCAUUUCAACUACAGAGUGUUUUAAAAUCUUCAAUAGAAGAAAUCAGAGUGAUGACCAGACAUAAUGGUUUACUUGUGGCUGGAGGAAAAGGCAUUAACUAUGCUAUGAAUGUGUGGGAUGCAAGAUCAAAUAAGUAUUGAAAUGUAGUUAUAUUCUUAGUUAAAUUCACGAAUUUGAAAAGUAAAGUGACGUUAUGUGUUUACAAUAAUCAGAUUAAACCCAAGAAUUGAUUUGGGGAACUUUUAAUCACAAUGUGAGGAAAAUGAUGAUGAAUAGUAAUAAAUAUGGUUAGAUUGCAUAAAUGACACCACCACAUUAUGAUAAGGUUACUGGAGUUGGUUUGCUUGAUAAUUGGAUUGUGAGUUGCUCAUUUGGCAAAGGAAUGAGGAUGUGGAAUUAAGUGAAUGGUUAAUAAGGAUAAGCAAAUUCUGAUAUCCACAAAGAUUCGAUCUUAACAAUGGCCAGUAUAAAUAUUCAUUUAAUAUUUUUAGUUGAUAAGAAUCUUAAGGUCAUGUACACUGGAUGCAAGGAUGGAUAAAUCAAGGCGACCAGAAUUAGUGAGAAUAAAUUUCAACUUGUUAGUGACAUUAGUGCUUCUGUUUAAUAAAUUAACUCUCUCAAUAUUAUAAACGAUAGUUCACUCAUUGUAAGUGGUGGCCAAGAUAGGAUGAUCAAAAUAUGGAAACCUUCUAAAUUUACUUUUGAUUACUUAAAAUAGUUUACUCCGAACAUUGGGGAUUUCAUUAUUGAAGAAGAACAAUACAUGUUUAGUUGA